AUGGCGGGAGAGCUCCAGGUAAGUAUACCCCUUCUCUCGCCCCAGCUGCUGCCAUAUAAAAAUGACUCUAUAAGUGACAGUGCCACUUCUCGGAGAAUAGAUAACCUGGGGCACCACCUGCUGGCUGACCAUGUAACACACUGUGGAGGUAGUAUGUAAAAUGCUGGGAAAGGCUCCCAUUGAAUGAAGUGCACCUUUUCUUGUUUUCUUUUGUAGAUUGAAUACUUUAAUAAUCAGAUUAUCGUGGAUCUAGUUGAACAACCUCACAAAGGCAUCAUCUCUAUCCUGGACGAGGCCUGUCUGACGGUGGGAGAUGUCACGGACACCAUAUUUCUGGAGUCCAUGAACAGCAAGCUGGGCAGACACCCCCACUACACCAGCAGAAAGGUGGGACCAAUGAGAAUCUGUUUGUAGCGGAGAUCCAGUAUUCCACAAGUUAUCUCCACUUAAGAUCCCAGUGAGGCUCAGGAACAAGUAGUUAUAAAUCCAUAAAGCAAGGUUUCCAGCAGGUAAAACAAGAUUGCAAUAUCCCAACAGCAAUCCCAAUAACUGGACGACACACAGCAUCAGGAGCAGAACUAAAACUUUUAUUUCCACAGUGGCCUUAUAAAGCAUGCUCCCAUGCAAGGGAGGGAUUUUCAUUAAUUAAGAAGUAUCCAAUCCUGUUCUAGUAACCUCCCACACAUCUCCUCCCCUCAGCCUGACUCAUAAUCCCCUUAUACAGUACACAAAUUCCCCAAGUUUAUGGAUGUACCUCUAAACCUAGGGGUACCCCUUUAAAUGGCACAUCCCCUGGUAGCCCUGAUCUGGGUGAGCAACAUAUCCAAAAAUCACCCAGAUCGGACCAGGGGUUCGGGAAAUUCGUGGAGGUAAUAAAAAGACCGACCGCGCUGGAGAGAACAGCCGAAUUUGGUUCCAUGCGAUGGGGAGGUCUGACUGUUCGGUAGUUUCAUUCCCAUAAUUGCUAGAAUGAUUCUACCGAACAAUCAGACGAAUACAACCUAUAUUUACACAUAUAACACUGCAAUUUAAGCCCAGUGCCAUCCGCUACACUGUUCCUAUGGAACUCCCUUCCCGGCUCCAUUAAACUCUCACACAGUCUCCAGUCUGAAAACCCAUGUCUUCAAGAAGGAUUAUCAUUUAAACUGUUAACAGCUCACCCUUCUGCAACAGCAUCACCUAAAAACCAACCUACACUGUUAACUACUCUAGAAACUGACUAUUCCCAUACAUUAAAUACACUCUACUCUCACCUCGUGUCAUUUUACCCCACUCCCCCAAGGAUGUGAGCUGGUUUGAGCAGGGCCCUCAGCACCUUCUGUUUCUGUACAUCCACCCACCGCAGAAUUUGUUGGUGCUUUAUAUAUAAUAAUAAUAAUAUUAAGGUAAAGUGUCACAGUGCUCAGGGUAUAACUAGAAUUAUGGGGCAUUGGGUGGGAGCAGGUGAUCUUUUUACCUAUGUGUGUUUUGGACCCUAUAUUUUAGCCUUCGUGUCUGCAGUAAUUGGUAACAUUAAUGUUUUCUCCCGUAGCUUUCGACCGCUGACAAGUCCAUGGCGUUUAAUCGUGAUUUUCGCAUUAAGCAUUACGCCGGCAAUGUUACGUGAGUAUCAGGUCUACUUAGCUCUGCUAAAUAAUGCAUAAACCUCAAAGAUCCGCCAUCGGCUUCACCCAAAAUCCUAUUUACCUGAGAAGGAGUAAUGUCCCUUUAUAAACUCUGUGAUUUCCUUAUUGAAGGAUACAAGCCCGAUAAACUAAUUAAAGUAAUAAAUUAGCAAACAACUAUAAAAAGAUAUGAAACACAGUUUUGUGACACUAUUUUCUUUUUCCAGGUAUUCCGUGGAGGGUUUCCUGGAUAAGAACAAGGACACCUUAUUCCAAGAUUUCAAACGUUUACUAUAUAACAGGUGAGUGAAACGGGAGGUAACAGGAGAUAACUGAAGACAACGUGAGAUAAUGGGAGGCAACGGGAGAUAACAGAAGAUAGUGGGAGGUAACGGGAGUCUUCAAUGCCCACCGGCUCAUCUAAACAGUCAUACGGUUGGCCAUGUUCCUUUAUCUCCUGGAGACAUGGACAUCCUUGGGGGAAGGAAUAGAUGAAGCAGAGGGGAUGCUUUAUUAAUUAGUUCUGUCAAAUGUUCAGUUUGUUCCAGAAAGGGGGUCUGGCUCUCAGUGGGUCUCUGAUUCCAAAAGGAGCAGAUACUAGGAUUUCCAUGUUUAUAUCAUGUAUCCAAGUGAUUCUGUCAGCCUUCUCCCCAAAAAGAGGGAAACUCUCCCUUCAGUCCUCCUCUCCAGUUAUUAGAACUGUUAUUGAUUAUUCAUACAAAACACAACCGCUGCUGUCUAUGUAUUGGACUCAUUGUACCACACUGCCCUAGGGUUGCCAAACAUGAUGACGAUCGAAGUCCAAUGGGGAUGAAGAGUUAGAAUCUGUCCCCCUGGCGAUGUUAGUGCAUACAGGACUUUUAUACAAUUCUCCCUGUGGGCAGUGAGCCCAGUGGCCAAUUUGUGGGCCCAGCCUUUAAAAUGUGUUUUGAUGACGGAUUUCUGUUUGUAUCUGUGAGUUCCACGUAUACAUUUUGCAAUGCAGAUACAGCUGGUUUUAUUUUAUAUGACAAACGUUGUUUGUUUGCUAAAGUGGGUGUUGUUUCUUCUAAAGACGUCCUGACAAUAAGACUGGUUCAUAAUUGGUAUCAUUAUUAAUGUUUAGUUCCACGUGUGGCUGCGUGGAUCCUUUCUGUGCUAUAUGAGUUGUAAUCUGUGGACACCAUCAGACGCACAAUGUCCUCUCUUUGCUGGCUGAGUCUAAUGGGAGUUGGAUUUCACAGCAGCUGGCGAUGCUAGAAGUGUGGGAUAUGCCACCCUGCCUCCAGUGAUGGGCACAUUCCCAUCGAGCACAGUGUCUGCUUCUUGUCUUAGAUCUGUCACAAGCUGAUGCCAAGCUGAACCAAGCCAAUGACAAAUCUGUUAGAUGCCAACUUUCCCCUCUGAUCACAUGAGAUCCUGACAGGUAGCACGUUACUGCAUUGUACAGUCUCCCAUCUAAUAUUUUAUUUAACAGUGUCCUCCCAUCCCAGAGCCCAAUUUUCUUGCAUUUCCAGUGACAAGCGUAGAGCCUGACAUGUCUCUUCUCUGCUAUAAAUAAAGACAGUCUGUGCUGCUAUGUGGAGGCUGUGAUUCCAGCCAAUUAGUACAUUUUUAGUAUCUAACAGGAGAGCGAUGGCACGACGUAUCCUAUAGAUCUAUAGCCCCGCUGGAGCAUGAACACCACCAGUGCGCUAUAUGGGCCGUUCUAGAAAAUACAUAAAUAACCGCUUUAAGAAAACUAAUAAAUAAAUCCAUUAAAUCUAGCAUUGAGAUAAAAUGGUAUUAACUCUUCGCAUGCCUGAGUAUUUACUGAGCAUCUCAGACAAUGCCUUUUAUUGUGGAUGUGUUGAGUGGCUUUUAGCCCAAACUACACUCCUGCUCAGAUGCGCCCCCUGCAGGAUUUGUUAACAGUUCUCUGUGCCCAGUAAACCUAAUCAUGUACCACAUUAAAGGUACGGGACGUUAAUUCUCUAAAUCACUAAAUACCUGAAGUAGGAACAUUUUGGAUACAGAGCCAAGCUUGGCAUGGUCUGUUUCAUUCUCUCAGCAUCUGUGUCUUACCCACAGGAUAUUAACUAUAAAUUACAUUAAUGGCGAGAAAUACGUCAAAGGGGUAGAGCAAACAAAUGUCAUACAUGGUCUGCUGAUAUAUAUCUGAGUAUGAUAACCUAUUGGAUUUUAAUCCCCCUUAAACCUGUGCCCCCUGCCAUCCAAUUAGAAACAGCAGAGAGGUAGUCAGAGACCCUAGUCAAGAGGGAUGGGGAGAGAUCAGGAGAGGACAGGUAGAUUUGCGUGUCAUCUGCAUAGAAAUGAUAUUGGAAGCCAAAGGAGCUAAUGAGUUUACCAAGGGAGGCAGUAUAGAUGGAGAACAGUAGGGGACCAAGGACUGAACCUUGGGGGACACCAACAGAGAGGAGUUUGGGAGAAGAGGCAGAGCCAGAGAAAGAAACACUGAAAGAGCACUGGGAGAGGUAGGAGGAGCAUCAGGAGAGAGCAAUAUCUUGUAGACCGAUAUUGCGGAGGAUGACAAGAAGCUGUUGACAGGUCAAGGAGAAUUAGGAUAGAGUAGUGACCACGAGAUUUUGCAGCGAGUAGAUCACUGGAUACUACAAAAAUAACAAAAUAAUACAAAAUUAUAAUCUAUUUCAACAUAUUAAAUAAUUUGAAAAUCUUAUCAAAAAAUAUUAAAUUGAGGCCUUAAUGAACACACCCCAUUAGUUCUGAAUUUCACCAUGAUUCUUUGCUGCGCACAUUUAAUAGGAAUAAAAUUGCAAUCGCUUAUUUAACUUGUUUAAUUAACUCUGUGUAUUAUUCAUUUCAUUAAUUAAUUCGGUGCAUGAGCCCGCAGUUGUCCUGGAAUAAAUGUUUCUCUGCUAAUAAAACAAAUCAGUAAUUCAGCACAAUUUGAUUUUGUUUUUUUGGCAUUGUGUUAUUCUUUAUGCUUGCGCUACACAAAACCCUGUGGAGUAAUCGCUCCCCGCUGGCUGUAAAGAGAGAAAGCACCUACUACGUCUUUCUUUCUUACUAGAAUUUUAUUUCAUACAUCAACACACAAAACAUGUACUGCCAAUAAGAUCUCUCAUUUCCAGUGACACCGAUCCACCAGCUGUACCUUGCCAAGGACUGGCACCAAGUAUUCUCUGGAAAACGCCACUCGCUAACAGCUUUUCACUACAAAUUCUGUUAUUUGCUUCCCAUGUCCAAAGCUGCAAACCUGCUUUUAUUUCUUAGAUGACUCUGUUCUAUUGGUGUUAUAACAGACUUAGAGUAAGAAAGCCGCGAUAUCAAUGAAACGUGUAAGGAAACCAGUGUCAGGGUUUAUUCAAAGUCAUUUUUAAAUUUAAGGGAAAACAGCAGCACUGGAAUCAUAGCUCCUUGGAGAAUUUCUCCAGUUCAGCUUUUUUGGCCUUAAACCUGAAAUUCACAGUUCUCAUUUUAGUAAAUAACCCUGUAUUAGGCAGGAUAUGGGACACGUAUUUAAUAUACGUGGACAUUAAACAUUGGGGUUGUGUUCGAUACCUACAGGAUUUAUUGUUUGUAUCUUCAAACCCUACAAAGUCAGCGCACACAGAGGAGUCCCCAAUGGGGAUUUACCAUUAAUUCCAUUAAAAUUCCAUUAAAGCAUAAAACUCACUCACAAACUUUAGUGCUUGUGGCAAACCUAGCCACUUGGACAAUAUCAAGAGACUGUGCCUUUAAGGGUUUCCUGUAUGUCGGUGGGGAUAUGUGUUUAACUAUGUAUAAUGUAUGCUGGCUGUAAUCCCUUGUAUUUCCUGUAAUGGUUAUCUGCCGAAUGCAGAUAGCUAUUUGUAUUGGGUUUUCCUUUCGUUUCACGAACGGCACUUUUGCGGGCCGUUCGUGAACCGAAAACACUCCAUAUAGUAGCCCACACACUUAGAGGCGUGUGGCGCUUGUUAACCGAUUGCAACAAUGUUGCAAUCGGUAAUUAGAGGCUCUCCUAGGUGGCCGCCGUUCGACUACCGACCAUGCGGCGGUCGGCCAUCUUGGAUCCUUUGUUCCCUCAGCGGUGUUAGGUCGUCGAGCGCAUGGUACUAAAAAUGGCUACUCUACGGCGCGAACACCGCUGAGCCUCCAGGCCGUUCGGGAGUUCCGGGCCGUUCGGUAUUUCAUUCCCUGGAAGGCAAUCGGUCAUUUUAAUAUGUCUUUCAAUAAAUGUGUUUUUCGUGCGGCGUUCGGUUGUUUUAGCUGGGAUCUGAGCGGUAAUCUCCCGAAUGAUGCGCUCAGACCCCAGCUAUCUACCGAAUGUCCAUUCGUUUAAAUAGACUGCAUAUUCAUAAAGUUAUAAAUUUUUAUACGAAUUUUAUACGAAGUUCUGCUGCACGGAGGGAUAAUCCACUUAACGGUAUAUUCCCGUGGGAGGAUCCCUCUCGUGCAGCAGUGCCUGAUGGGAGAAAUGCCUUGUAUUGUAAGUCCCCCAUGUUGUCCCCUCUGGGAAUGCCCCUGGGAAGGGACUCAGGAAACCCCUUGCAUGGGGACUUGUAUAAAUUGUGGAGCUGAAUUAAAAGACCUCAGUUGACUCUCAGAACUGUGUUUCGUCCGGUUACUGGGAGGUUUGUGAUAUUGCCUUGUUGUUUCCAGCGCUUGACUGUGGAUUACUUCCUGAACCAGCGGAAUUCGUGGAUUUAAUAUUGGCGUUCCGCUACAGUGCUGGACAAAGCACUUAAACACAUGCAAUGCUGUUCUCAAACGUGUGCUCGCGGCACCGAGGUUUUGUCUCUGGGCCAAGUCCUGAUGAAAUGAGACGUGCUCUAAGGAACACGUAGACAUUAGGAGCUUUGCUGGAGGUGGAUUUAGAACUGGAGAAAUACAUUGUGUGUGUGUGUGUGUGUGUACAAGUUUUUAUUAUGCCCCUUCCUACUUACCUUUUUGCAAGAGGGGGAUAUGAUCUCAGGUGGUCCAGUGGAGAGUGAGUUGGAUUCCCAGUGGUCCAGUUGGGGGAGCAUUGUGGUCUGCACGAAUAUUGGGUGCAGAUCACUUUAAGAACUGCAGGCUGUGGUGUUCUGAAUCACUGAGAUGGACUGCAAAGGAGCUCUUAAAGUGGUCUGCACUAGCUACUGGUGCAGACCACAGUGCUCCCUCAACAAAGUCAGGGGAUUCAGGGCCGAGCUUUUAAUCUGCCUUCUGAGUUAAGGACCCCCUUAGUGCCACGGCUGGAGAUUCGAGCCUAAGCAGAGGUCCUAUAUAGACUCCUUAGUUUUGCUUACAGUGUCACAUGACACUGCACAGUUAAUAAUUGCAGCUUCAAUCAUUACUAUUGAGCAUAACCCUCCAGAUUGUAAACUAAUUUCAGCAGGGUCCUGUCAAGAUUUGUAAUUGUUUGCCUCAUGUGUUCAGCCCUUUAUAAUAUUGCAAAACACUGUGAAAUACGUUGCUGCUAUUUAAAUACCAAUAAUAAUAGGAAUAAUAUAUAUAUAUUUUUUUAAUGCAAUAAGGUCAUUGUAUUUCAUGCCAUAUACUAAAUGUAAAUAAACACGUAGGGCAGAUUUCCUAGCAAAGUAAUCAGGAAAGGGGGACGAAUUCUAAAAGUGGGGCAGUUGCCAUGGAUAUCGAAGGUGAUUAUUCUACUUCUACAAUUUUGUGCUUCGGUUUAAAUCAAGAGUCUGACAGCCGAUAAAAGCCACAUUCCUGCUCAGGGCAGCUUGGUGUUUAUCUUAAGCAUUCUUGACUUCUUUCACUGUAUCAGUUUUUCCACCUCUACUGGAAAGCUAUUCCUUGCAUCUCUCUCUUUCUGUUAAAAAUAAAUAAAUUGUUCCUCACAGAACCCCAAUAUAUCGAAUCCCCUAAUCCUGGAGCAGCCAUCUGGGAAUUAAUCAGGAACAGGAAAUCCAGCCUGUGUAUUAUCAAAUAAACACCAAACUGACCAUCAAAGGAAUCAUUGCCAAAUGUUUGAUCUUUGUGAUAUGAUAAUCUGAGCUGGAAACAUUUCUAGGUUCUCAGUAACAUUUACUGGGGCCCAUUACAGAGGGUGAACCAUAGAAAAAUGUGGCUGCCCCCAGAAACCCACUUCAGUCUUCUCUUCCAUUCCAGCAAAGAUCCCGUCCUGAGGGAAAUGUGGCCAGAUGGACAACUGAGCAUCAGCGAGGUGACCAAAAGGCCUCUGACAGCUGCCACGCUCUUCAAAAACUCCAUGAUUGCACUGGUAGAGAACCUGGCAUGUAAGGUAAGUGCCCUCGUGCCCAUCAAUGAUACAACACCAACAUCCAUAAUGAAACCGGCUCUGCAGGCAAUAAAACUCUUUAUCUCGGCAACAUGACAGGUGUACUGAAGUACGGCACCUUACCCGGGGUGUCUGUAUUAGCCCAACUAAAAGUAUGUGGUACAGAAAAUAAAUGCACUCUGACAUUCCUGUAUUACAUCACUGAAUGACUCUUAAAUCACUGAAAUUAUUCUAUGACAUCACCGAAUUACUCACUGUAAUUCAUCAUACAUCACAGAAAUGUACUGUAUUACAGAAUCAAAAGUAUUCUUACAUCACUGAAAUGACAGUAUUUCUUUAAUUAAAUUACAGAGCUGAAACAAAUUAUAUUGUUGUAGCUUGCAUUAGCUUGGCAACCAAUUAUCUGACAUUUUAGUAUAAUAAAUAAAUCCAUUUUAGAAAGUAAUUUAGACUCUUCCAUGGUUAAACAUCUCUUUUUCAUCAGAAAAGUAUUGAUGCUACAAUGAACUACAAACACUGCCCACAGUGUGAUCAGUGUGCCUAUUUCAAAGGCUAAAAUAUGGGUCACAACCAUGAGUCUAUGCUGACAUCACCACUGUCUAUAAUAAGGUUAUUAUCACAGGUUAGUUCUGACAUCACAACUGUCUAUAAUAAGGUUAUUAUUACAGGCUAGUUCUGACAUUACUUCUGUCUAUAAUAAGGUUAUUAUUACAGGCUAGUUCUGACAUCACUCCUGUCUAUAAUAAGGCUGUUAUUAUUACAGGCUAGUUCUGACAUCACUACUGUCUAUAAUAAGGUUAUUAUUACAGGCUCGUUCUGACAUCACUCCUGUCUGUAAUAAAGUUAUUAUUACAGGCUGGUUCUGACAUUACUGCUAUCUAUAAUAUGGUUAUUAUUACAGGCUACUUCUGACAUCACUCCUGUCUAUAAUAAGGUUAUUAUUACAGGCUACUUCUGACAUCACUCCUGUCUAUAAUAAGGUUAUUAUUACAGACUAGUUCUGACAUCACUUCUGUCUAUAAUAAGGUUAUUAUUACAGGCUAGUUCUGACAUCACUCCUGUCUGUAAUAAAGUUAUUAUUACAGGCUGGUUCUGACAUUACUGCUAUCUAUAAUAUGGUUAUUAUUACACACUGGUUCUAACACUACUACUGUCUAUAACUAGGUUAUUAUUACAGGCUAGUUCUGACAUCACUCCUGCCUGUAGUGAGGUUAUUAUUACACACAUCAUGUAUCAUGUAUUCAAACAGUCAGUCUCGUACAUUUGCUUGCUCUCACCUUGCUUCUGCUCUGUAAUAAGGGUAUAUUGCCUUACUGUUUAUAAAUAUACUUAUUAAACAGAACUUGUUAAUUGAUAUUUACACAAUAACCAGAAAGGUGUGUGCGUUUCUCUGUUUUGCACUGCUUCUCUUUGACUUUUAAUCUUGGAAAGCACGUCCUCUGAGAGGUUUUAGCCUCUCCCCUCUGCUUCCUCUCUGUACCUGUUAAUAUCGUGUGCCCACGCAUGUUCUUGGCAUCAGGCAGAAAUAGCAUCAGUCCCUGCAUGGCGCAGCCUCACACACUGUUAUUAUCUGCGCCGAUUUAAGGAAGUGUGUGGGAUGAAAUCAGUCUGUAGUGUUUGGCAACUAAAAUAUGCAGACUAGUUUAUCAGACAGAGGUCUCCUGAGGGGGAGAUGUCACCCCACCAUUUAUGAACUAAGAAUUUAGAUAUUUGGGCAUAGACUCCAUGUUCCUUCGAAUAGUAGCUGGAAGGAGGCAUGGCAUGUAUGUCAAUGUAUAUUUUUUUUAAAAAAUGCUUUACUGGGGUAGAUACCGGCUCUCUAUUAAGAUUGCAGUGACGUAAUAAAGUCCCGUGGAGGUGGCGGGCUGAGGCUCUGGUCCUUGGCAUGUUUUGUAAAUAGUAAUCAAUAAACUGUUGCAAGCUGGAUGCCAGGACCUGGUGCUGAAUUAGAGCUGGAUUAAAGUGGCACUGUCAUGCCGAACUUACCUUUCCCCAAUCGCUUCCUCUUCUUGCCCUCUCUCAGGAUCUGUUCUUCCUCUCUGAUCUAGUUCCUUAAAUCAUAAGACACAGUUGUGACUACUUUGUCUUAUGUAUUUUUCCUACGCUUGACCAGCUUUGACCCAUGGAGAAGCUAAGCCCGCUCCGUUUCCUGUGGUCAAAGAAAUUUCCCCACAAUACUCACCUCUCCUCCUGUGUUCUUGUAUUGCUUCAUUCACCGUUCGAAUGAUUUUACUGGUGAAACUACUGAAUUUUGUCAUAACAGAAUGAAUAUAGUUUGUCCAUUCGUUUUAGAACAACAUUCGGUACUUUUUUGUUUGGAUAUGAAAUUCUGAUCCUAUUCGGGCCUAUUUGUGUUAUCUGUAUUUAGUAUUAGUAAAUUUUGGUCUUUCUGCCUUUUAGUAGCUAGUUACUAAUACCGUGGGAAUUAGGGAGCUAUUUACCAAGCGGCUGCAAGUUGCAGUCAUUGCACGAAUAGGAUUGGAAUUUAAUUUGAAUGAAGCAUCAGGAGGAGAGGUAAGUAUCAAAGAAAUUUUCCCACAGGAAACGGAGCAGGCUUAUCUCCUCCCUGGGUCAAAGGUGGUCAAGCGUAGGAAAAAUACACAAGACAAAGUAGGACUAUUUUGUCUUACGUUUUAACGAAAACUAGAUCAAUUAUGAAGAAAAGAAGAACAGGUCCUUAGAGAGGAAGAGAAGAGGAGGCGAUUGGGGAAAGAUAAGUUCGGCAUGACAGUGCCGCCUUAAAAUGAUCAAGCGCCAUAGGUAGCAUGGCAAAUAGAGCCCUGCACUCUGUUUUGUGUUUAGGAGAGUUAUCAAAGUGUUAAACUGAGUGUCUGUCUCAAUCUGUAUAAACAAAUCACAUUCUAUAUAUCAAAACUAAAGAAUCGAGAUCCCAGAGGGACUCUUCAUCUCCCUUAAAUCUCUAACUACCAGACAAUAAACACAGGGUCUUUUUAUUAAAAAUAAAUGAAUUUCCCUGUAAAAUCUGCAACAUGCAGGCACCAUAAUGCUGCGCGGUUCAUUGUUAAUAUCGUUAUUUUCUCAUCUUCUUCCUGGCUUUGUAAUGUUAAUGUGAAUCUGUGCGUGUCUCUAUAGAGAGAUGUUUUAACUAGCGAGAUGUGACCUGCCCAUGAACCCUCGGCUCUGAGUAACGUUACGGUGAGCUUCGUGUCUGCGCUGCAAGAACAGAGAAAUCCUGCUGUUUCCGCUACAUUGCAAAUUAAAUGUUUGUUUAAAAUAAAAGAAAUAAUUUUCUAUCUAGAGCACCAUGUUUAAUAUGAAAGAAAUGUAUCGACAGCGACAGGUUAUCGAUAUAAGAAGGUGCAGGACGGGAGGCAGUGGGUGCAGGACGGGAGGCAGUGGGUGCAGGAUGGGAGGCAGUGGGUGCAGGACGGGAGGCAGUGGGUGUUGCAGGACGGGGAGGCAGUGGGUGCAGGAUGGGAGGCAGUGGGUGCAGGCACAGGAGGCAGUGGGUGUAGGGCAGGGAGGCAGUGGGUGCAGGAUGGGGAGGCAGUGGGUGCAGGAUGGGAGGCAGGGGUGCAGGAUGGGAGGCAGUGGGUGCAGGACGGGAGGCAGUGGGUGCAGGAUGGGAGGCAGUGGGUGCAGGAUGGGAGGAUGGGAGGCAGUGGGUGCAGGACGGGAGGCAGUGGGUGCAGGACGGGAGGCAGUGGGUGCAGGAUGGGAGGCAGGGGGUGCAGGAUGGGAGGCAGGGGGUGCAGGAUGGGAGGCAGGGGGUGCAGGAUGGGAGGCAGUGGGUGCAGGAUGGGAGGCAGGGAUGCAGGAUGGGAGGCAGUGGGUGCAGGCUGGGAGGCAGUGGGUGCAGGAUUAGGAGGCAGGGGUGCAGGAUGGGAGGCAGGGGUACAGAAUGGGAGGCAGUGGGUGCAGGCUGAGGCAGUGGGUGCAGGGAUGCGGAGAGGGUGCAGAAUGGGAGGCAGUGGGUGCAGGAUGGGCAGUGGGUGCAGGCUGGGAGGCAGUGGGUGCAGGAUGGGAGGCAGUGGGUGCAGGAUGGGGGCAGGCAGGUGGGUGCAGGCUGGGAGGCAGGGGUGCAGGAUGGGAGGCAGUGGGUGCAGGAUGGGAGGCAGUGGGUGCAGGACGGGAGGCAGGGGGUGCAGGACGGGAGGCAGUGGGUGCAGGACGGGAGGCAGGGGGUGCAGGACGGGAGGCAGGGGAUGCAGGACGGGAGGCAGGGGGUGCAGGAUGGGAGGGGUUUUCCAUAACACAUUCCAGGGGCAUUCUCCACUGGACCUGAGAGGGGACUGUGACAAAGUACACACUGUGAUGACAUUAGCUCUCAGGUCCAGGACACUCCCACACAAAACAGGGUAAUCCCUUCCCUGUGCCUGAGAGAUAAUUGAGUCAGGAACUGUACUAAACUCAAUUAUCUCCAGGCACAGAAAGUAUACAUUUUAACAACACCCUAAAAGUACCCCCAAAACACAUGAAAAUUCCACAAAAGUCACAUCCCCCAACAUAUCCAAAAAGGGGUUUGGGAUUUCUAUGGAAGUCAUAAUUUUUACCUAAAAAUGAAAAGAGGUCCAGGCACUCCUUGGUUCAAGACAGGCACUUUAUUUGGCACAACAGCAACGUUUCCACCCUGAGGUCUUUUUAAUUUUGACCGACCAUGUACAUGGUCCUAUGCCCAAAACAGUUCCAGGGAAUUAAGGCCAACGGUUGGUCUCUCCUUAUGGAGUACAAAAGUACAUAAAUCACAUAUGUUUUUAACCCCUUAAGGACACAUGACAUGUGUGACAUGUCAUGAUUCCCUUAUAUUCCAGAAGGUUGGUCCUUAAGGGGUUAAAGGGCCCAUAGUCUUUUGGCAGGAGGCUGGCAAGCAGGCCCCUCCAAGAACACGUGGCAGAGGCAUUUCUGCCACAAAUCCGUAUUAGACAUUCUGGCCAGUUUUAAUGCACAUUCUUACAGCAGCUGUCCUAAGAGAUGAAUUGUAGUGAAUUAAAAUAUGAAUUGCAACAUUCAAACUAAGAUAACCAAGCUGUGAUUAGAACAGAUUUGGCGUAUUUUUACAAAUCAAAAUUUUUUUGCCUACAUUUUCCAUUCAGUUCUGGAUUUAUAGCAAUCCACUGUUAUGGGCAGAACCCUGUGAGAUAUUUUAUGUUGUGUGUUUGCUACCCAUGUUAUAUGUUACAUGGCUGUAUGGAGAGCUAAUACUCGUCUCAUUGACGGUUGCUGAGAAGUAUGAAUUCUGUGGGUUCCUUGGAAACAGGAGAACAGAAUGUUGAUUUGCUGUGUGUUCCGAGCCACUUCCUGCUGGUCGGGGUGUCUGGUUUUUGCUGAGGGGGGUACAUGAGUCAUGAUUGGAAUUCUUAUCAGCCCUUUUCUUUCUACACAAACUGUGUGCUCCCUCCUUUGUAUGUUUCUCUCCAUCUGUCUGGAUGCCACUCUGCUCCUUGUUUCCUCGUACAAUGCUGUCUCUCCAUCCCAUUAUCCGGAAAAGCAUUUAUCUUGGUAUCGAUUCAUCUUUUCACCCACCGUGGAACCUCCAGAUAAUUAUAUCCUCUGCUUCUCGCUCCCCUGCCCUACACUCUGCUCUCCAUCCUACUCCUGUCAAAUCAGGGUUAAUUAGGAUUUAUAGGGGUUCCAGCAGUUACAGGGUUACUUGUAUCCUAAUAUCUGUGUGACAAUACUGAGCACUGUUUAGGGCAGGGAUAGCGAGGGCAACAGGGGGAAUGAUCCAAUGUUACUAUAAUUUAAAGAGUUGUACUAAACACCAAUACAACCUUGUAUUAACGUCCGCCCUGCACCCAGUUUCAGCGCCGGGAAUGGCGGAUAACUGCAGUAUUUUGUAAAAUUCACACAGCUGUAAGCCAGCCACUCAGAUCUGUCAAUCAGCCAAAUUAAAUGAUGUGUUUUGGAGCCUAUAUCGAUCUUGUCCCAGCUGUGAGUGUGGCACACUCUCUCUAGACCCACAACUUGGACUUGUUUCACGACAUGUCCAACAUAUCUGCGCAGCAAACAUUCUGAGGCCAAACCCCUUUCCUGGGUGCAAAUAUCACCAGCCUGCCUGCCUGUCUCUUCUCAGUUUUACAUCAGAUUAUAUGUAAUCUGAACAUGUAAUCAAACACUGAUAAGCACAAAUAACUUGUCACCCAUCUUUGUUAAGUGAAGCUAUGUUUUCAUUAAAUUUGUAAUAUAAAUGUAGCAAGUGACAUCUUAAUACAGUACAAUUCUGACACAUUUAAGUGAUCUAUAAAGUGACACUUUUUUCCUCAUAUCAAAUUCCGCUGAAAUUUCCUAAAGACAAAAUUUAUAGUGUGAAAAAAUUAUUCUGCUUUUCUGACAGAAAAAAAAAGUGGUGGAAAUAUUCAUAAAUCUGUUACAAAUUGUGAUUUAUCCAAAUUUUGGGCGAUUAGUACAACAUCCAAAUUCUGUAACGUGGAAACCCCAUACGACCGAAUCGAGAGGAAAGGUUGAUUUUAUUUUACCGCUCCUCUUGUUUUUCCUCUAUUGGUUACUUAUUCGCAUGUGAUCUAUGUUUAUACCUUUCCGCAGCUUUUUUGUUUAUCUGAACGUUUUUUCCCAAAUCGUUUGCAUGGACAAAGUUUGUCUGGACUUGUGAAUGAAUUUGUGACGACCCAAACUCCGUUUUUUUGUUUUUUUUUGUACAAUCUGAUUCAGUCGAAGUUUUUGUGCGUACAUAAGUCUAAUGGCAGACCUGUCACUUGCUGUGAGAUCACAUGAGAUAAACAUGCAUAUUAUUAAUCAUUGCAAAAUAUUUAUCUCAAGAAUUAGACAUUUUAAAAAGAAAGACUACAGGGACAGGGUCUUCACAACUAAAACACAUAAGUAAGAUGUUUAUGGUGGUUAAUAUGAAUAUUAGAGGAUUAGAGAAUAUUAGCUGUAUAAAAUGUUAAUAAAUCGCCUAAAAUUUCUCAGAACAGCCCUGCCUUUAGCCACUCCCCCACUCACACUCAUAAUAGCCCUGUCCCUGGCCACUCCCCCACUCACACUCAGAACAGCCCUGCCUUUAGCCACACUCACACUCAUAAUAGCCCUGCCCCUGGCCACUCCCCCACUCACACUCAGAACAGCCCCGCCCCUGGCCACACUCCCCUAGUGUCAGGCCUCCAGCCAGCUUACCUGACGAUUCACAUCCUAGUGCCACUGUCUCCUUCAGCAUUCCGAUGGACGCUACACGCUUGCAAGUGGACUCUUUAAAUAUGCGACCGAAAUACCUGCGGGAUACAUUACAUACCAAUGAUGUCACGGUCCAGCGUAAUUGGAUCAGCUACCCCUCUUGUAUAGUGGUUAACUCCCAUCGUAGUUCAACCAAUCACAAGUGAUCUUGGGGUAUAUAGUCUCUGAUCUCCUAUUCCUCCUUCGUAUAAAUUGUUUGGUAUCUUGACUGGCUUACGUCUCUCGUGUAUUCUGCUCUCUCAUAUCCUUUGACCUUGGCUUCCUUAUCUCUAUUUUCCCCGACCUCGGCUCCUACUCUGAUUAUUCUUUAUUGUAUAACCUGACCAUUCUAAGGAUCGGUACUACAAUAUUCUGGUUUGUGAUUCUGUCUGUGUGUUCUGGUUCCCGGAAUCCUGACACCUAGUCACAACCCUAAAAUGAAAGUGUCCCUCUUUGUCCAUGUGAGAUGUUGGUUAUUGCUAUGAAAUAUGUAAUGUAUGAAACACAUUCUACAAUCUGCUGAUACAAAUGAAUAAAUGUGUAACUCUGUCUGUAAUCUCCUACGUAAUAACUGGCUCAUCUAACCCUAUAAUAUUCCCCAGAAACUCUGUGUGAUGCUCACAGGAACCUUUUAUUGCAGCAAAUUACAAAAUGGCAAUGUUUAACCCACGCAAUGGCCUUUGUAAAGCACUGUGUCUCCAUGAAUGAGAUAUAAAUAGUGCAACAGGACACAGAUGUGAUAAUUGAUGGGGGCGGCCAUAAUCAGCUGUUAAUAGGUUGUCAUGUGCACGCUAUAUAAAUCUCAGAAGGCGAGGCCCUGGGCCAUGUACACAUAGAUCAAUCCGUAUACCUGUUCUCCUUCUCGAGUAUAUCUCAUAAUGAUUUUAUCACCAACAUAGUACAAGCUCUCUCCAGCAUGUCCCCCCUCAUUCUGCUUUGCUUUAAUUAUGUAAUCUGUGCCUUUAAUUAUUCUUACUCAGUGAUGGCCGUACAAAAAGUACAGUACAUAAAAUAAAUUAACUUUCUAUAUUGUGCUAAAGCAGAUAUUAUUUCUGAUACUUUUUUCUGUAUCACUAUUCUACAUAGGGUUACGAACAUUCAUUAUAAUCUAUUCUCAUUGUAGGGUGUAACAUGGUGCAAAUACCAAAGAAUCCAGUAAAAUAAUUUGGGAUUUAUUCCCCAAAGUGGCUGUUGGUUAGAAUCCACAUAGGAAUAACACAUUUUAGGCCAGAGUAGUAAAACUGUUGGAGGGGUCAGCUGCUGAGACCAGGACAGGUCUAAACACUGUUACAAUAUGGUUAGAAGGACCGUUGGUCGUACAAGAAGCCCCAAGAUAUGACAGAGUCAUGACAUACAAGCGGAUAUAACACAACGCCAGAUAUAUAUCCCCUUGGUUCUCACUCCUUCCAUUUCUCUUUCAGGAGCCGUAUUACGUUCGAUGUGUGAAGCCCAAUGAGCAGAAGUCCCCAGUUCUGUUUGACGAUCAGAGAUGCCGUCACCAAGUGGAAUAUUUGGGUCUUCUGGAGAAUGUGCGUGUAAGGAGGGCAGGCUUCGCUUACAGACAGCCCUACGACAGGUUUUUAUUCAGGUGGGUGAGGAUAUUCUUUAACAAAGGUGCCAUGGGCGACAGGGUUCUUCACUAAAUGAAGCAUCAGCUGAGAUUUAUAAACGUUUGGGUAAAAAAUAGUCAAAUUGGGAACAGCGGCUUUUUUUUCAAGUUUGUCUGUUUUGGCCUAAAAAUUUUAAAUUGUUGGUGAAUUUCUGGCAAUUCACAGUUUAGUGAAUAAACUAUCACAGUUUAAACAUUCACUAUAGAAUGAUUUGUGCUGUCGAUAAUAGAAUAGAAAGCUGAGAUUGUAGAAUUUCCAGUUUGGAUCAUUUAGUGUAAAUGUUAUUAGAGGUGGGUUCGGGACAGGCUAUAUAGCCAUCGAGUGGAACUGAGCUGCUUUUAAUUUUUUUCAGGGUUUAAGAACUAAAUCCAACAAAUUAUUUUUUUUCGUGGUAGGUACAAAAUGACCUGCGAGUACACAUGGCCAAACCAUCUCAUGGGAUCAGACAUGGAGGCCACGAAAGCACUGAUUGAACAGCACGAAUUCCAGAAUGAUGUGGCCUAUGGACACACAAAAGUCUUCAUAAGAACGCCCCAGACACUGUUUAGUCUAGAACAAGAGCGGUCCCAGCUGAUCCCCAUCAUUGUGUUAUUGAUACAGAAGGUAGGAAAAGCUAGUUAUAUAUAUAUAUAUGAUGGAUUUCCCAUUAUACACAAAAGAUGUCAUUUGUCAAAGCUCUGCACACGGCAAACUGCAAUAAACAAUAUCACACCAACUACAAACCCCAACAUAAAAUGUCCAACCCACUACAAACCCCAACAUAUAUUAUCCAACCCACUACAAACCCCAACAUUCAAUACCCUACCCACUACAACCCUAACAUAUACUGUCCAACCCACUACAAACCCCAACAUUCAAUAUCCUACCCACUACAAACCCCAACAUUCAAUAUCCUACCCACUACAAACCCCAACAUAUAUUAUCCUACUUACUACAAACCCCAACAUUUAAUACCCUACCCACUACAAACCCCAAUAUACAACGAUCUACCCACUACAAAACCCAACAUCCAAUUUCUACCCACUACAACACCCAAUAUACAACAUUCUACCCACUGCUAUACUGUAUUAACCGAAAUACAAUAUGCUACACACCACUAUACAUUCAAAUCACACACAGAAGAGAAAAUAGCACAGUCAGUAAAAAAGGGGGAUAAAACAUUUUUUAGAUACAUAAAUUAGAAAAGAAAAGUAAAACAAGGAUUAGUUAGAUUAAAAACAAAAGAAGGAAGGUAUGUAGAAGAGGAUAAAGGUCUAGCUGACUGCCUCAAUGAAUAUUUUUGUUCUGUAUUUACAGAUGAAAAUGAAGGAAAGGGACCUCAGUUGAGAAAAAGGAUAAAUGAGUCAUUUAUUACACGUGAGUUUACAGAGGAAGAGGUUCUAUUUCAACUGUCAAAAGUAAAGACAAAUAAGUCAAUGGGACCUGAUGGAAUACACCCAAAGCUAUUAAAAGAGUUUAGUGGUGUACUAGCAAAACCAUUAACAGAUUUAUUUAACCAAUCAUUGUUAACAGGAGUAGUCCCAGAAGAUUGGAAGUUAGCGAAUGUUGUGCCCAUUUACAAGAAAGGUAAUAGGGAGGAGUCGGGCAACUAUAGGCCAGUAAGCCUUACUUCAGUAGUGGGGAAAGUGAUGGAAACCAUGUUAAAGGAUAGGAUUGAUGAACAUCUAAAAACACAUGGAUUUCAAGAUCAGAGACAACAUGGGUUUACUUCAGGGAGAUCAUGCCAAACUAAUCUUAUUGAUUUUUUUGAUUGGGUAACUAAAAAAUAGAUCAGGGUGGUGCAGUAGGCAUUGCUUACCUAGAUUUCAGUAAGGCUUUUGACACUGUUGCACAUAGAAGGCUUAUCAAUAAACUGCAAUCUUUAAGUUUGGAUUCCAAUAUUGUUGAAUGGGUAAGGCAGUGGCUGAGUGACAGGCAACAGAGGGUUGUAGUUAAUGGAAUAUAUUCGAAGCUUGGACUUGUCACCAGUGGGGUACCUCAGGGAUCUGUACUUGGACCCAUUCUCUUUAAUAUUUUUAUUAGUGAUAUUGCAGAAGGUCUUGAUGGUAAGGUAUGUCUUUUUGCUGAUGAUACUAAGAUAUGUAACAGGGUUGAUGUUCCAGGAGGGAUAAGCCAAAUGACAAAUGAUUUAGGUAAACUAGAAAAAUGGUCAGAAUUGUGGCAACUGACAUUUAAUGUGGAUAAGUGCAAGAUAAUGCAUCUUGGACGUAAAAACCCAAGGGCAGAGUACAGAAUAUUUGAUAGAGUCCUAACCUCAACAUAUGAGGAAAGGGAUUUAGGGGUGAUUAUUUCUGAUGACUUAAAGGUAGGCAGACAAUGUAAUAGAGCAGCAGGAAAUGCUAGCAGAAUGCUUGGUUGUAUAGGGAGAGGUAUUAGCAGUAGAAAGAGGGAAGUGCUCAUGCCAUUGUACAGAACACUGGUGAGACCUCACUUGGAGUAUUGUACACAGUACUGGAGACCGUAUCUUCAGAAGGAUAUUGAUACCUUAGAGAGGGUUCAGAGAAGGGCUACUCAACUGGUUCAUGGAUUGCGGGAUAAAACUUACCAGGAAAGGUUAAAGGAUCUUAACAUGUAUAGCUUGGAGGAAAGACGAGACAGGGGGGAUAUGAUAGAAACAUUUAAAUAUAUAAAGGGAAUCAACACAGUAAAGGAGGAGACUAUAUUUAAAAGAAGAAAAACUACCACAACAAGAGGACAUAGUCUUAAAUUAGAGGGACAAAGGUUUAAAAAUAAUAUCAGGAAGUAUUACUUUACUGAGAGGGUAGUGGAUGCAUGGAAUAGCCUUCCAGCUGAAGUGGUAGAGGUUAACACAGUAAAGGAGUUUAAGCAUGCGUGGGAUAGGCAUAAGGCUAUCCUAACUAUAAAAUAAGACUAGGGACUAAUGAAAGUAUUUAGAAAAUUGGGCAGACUAGAUGGGCUGAAUGGUUCUUAUCUGCCGUCACAUUCUAUGUUUCUAUCUCCUAUCUGCAAUGUACCACCCAUACCUCCGUAUUCACUGAUAGUACCUGCAGUUUUUAAUAUUAAAUAUCAAGUCUCUCCUUUCACUUAAGAUGUUUUUGCGGGAUAGAAUUGGGCACUGCUGUGCCCUGAGAUGCCCUUUUAUACUAGUCCCUAACAGAACGUGCCCGUGUGUCUCCCGCGUGACGUCACACGCACGCCAACGUCAUCAUCAACGUGGGCGGACUUGAGGCUAUAAUUUGUGUCCAUCAAUAUGUUGCAGGAGUCAGGUAUACAGGUGCACGGCCGCUGAGCGCAAAUGCCGCAAGGUGAGGCUGAACAUGUUACAGCUACAAGCCUGCGGAUCUCAUGGCUAAAGUGCUUAUUAAAUGACUGUGUAAUCUAUGUAACUUGUCCUGUAUAUGAAAUGUCCAACAAAUAUUCCUCUGCAGUUCAUUUAUCCCAUCUGCCUCUCUCUACACGCAAUCAUUUCACAGAGCUAAAUAUUAACUAGUACCUUGUUUGAUCGUUUAUUUAAAAAGAUAUUAAUUUUACACCUGGGGGCGGUGGGCUGCAGUGCACUAAGCAUUCAUCUUGCUGCAUACAGGAGAUCCGUCAAGGGAUGUCACCGAUACCUUAUUAGGGAACCUGUUAAUGUCUGUCCGUACCGUAUAAUAAAUAUAACACAUUCACUUACAGGCUGUGUGCACAGCCACUGCUGCAGUUUGUUUGUUAAUGAUCAGCCAAUGUUGUUAACGACCGGGAACACGUGGCCAAAGCUUGUAUGAAACUUAACCAAAUAAAUGUAAUUAUCUGCUAAUGCAAGAAAUGUACAUUGUCAACAUUUACAGACUUUCAGCUGUUUGCUAUGAACAAAUCAAACAAAAGCAUUUGAAAUAGCUCAUGAAUGCUUCAAGUAGUUUCCCCAAAUUCAACUGAAAAUGCAAAUUCUAAUGACUUUUCCAGUCUCUUCAAAUACCACCAGAGAUUUUCUACGGGGUUCAUGCUGAGUGACUGUGAUGGCCACAGUUUAAUUUUCCAGGAUUCGCUUUAUUCUCCUUACUCCAGACAUACCGCUGAUCCACUGGGCCAAAAGUUCCAGUUUUGUUUCAUCACUGCACAGAACAGAAUCUCAAGACUUCUGUGGCUUAUUUAUAUGAUUUUGUGCAUGUUGGAGCCGACUUUUCUUGCAUUUUUUGGUCAGUAGUGGUGUAUGUCUUGGAGUUCUGGCAUGGAAACCUUUUGCAUUUAGUGCACGCCUUACAGUGCUCACUGAAACCUUGGUGUCUGUUGCCACCAAGUCUUGCUGCAGGUCUUUUGCACUCACUUGAGGGUUUUUCACAACCUUUCUCAGAAAUCUGUGUACAGCCACUGAUAGCUUCCUUUUUCUGCCCCAUCCAGGUAAUGUAACCACUGUUCCUUCAACUUUGAACUUGCCAACUAUGCAUCUAACGGUGUCUUUAGGAACAUGCAGUGCCUUCACUAUCUUUUUGUAUCUUGUUCCUUGUUUGUGAUGCCUCUUCUCUUAACUUUGUGACCAUUCUUUUGACUUAGCGAUAUUUCUAACAUGCAGCUAAACGUGACACUCAACAAAUCCCUAGCCAGUUCAGGUAUUUCAAGUGUUCCAGCUUACGCACACCUGGAGCAAUUAAUGAAGUCCUGGAUUAGUUGCAUCAGGGGUGCUUGAGACAACACAUGUUUUGCAUAUAUGUGCUGCUGUGAGGGAUUCUAUAAUCCUGAAUAAUAAUAAUGAUUAUAUAAUAAUAUAUAAAGAAUAAUUUUGAGAGUCAUUAUAAGUUGCAUUUUCAGUUGAAUUUGGGGAAACCACUUGAAGCAUUCAUGGUGUUAAGCUAUUUCAAUUGCUUUUGUUUGAUUUAUUAAUUGCAAAAAGCUGAAAGUCUGUACAUUUUUACAAUAAACCUGAUUUAUUUUGAUUACAGAUGUAAUUGUUCUAAAAAAUAAUGCAUAUCUUUGCCUGGAAUUUAUCUUAUUAGUGCUCGGCGUUGUAUGAAUGCUUCUCACAGUGAAGUAUUGAGGGCAGGUCUUGAGUCUAAAACUUUACACACAGAUGGGUGGAGAGUUAGGAAUCGAAAAUAUGUCAAACUUGGCUGUAUUAUCUCAAGUGUCGUUUUCUAAGCAUUCGUUUUUAUGUUCAUUAAAAUGGUGACUCGCUGUAUGACGCGGCUAUGGAUUAACAAUAAAGUUAUGAUUCUGGUUGUCUAUUUUGACCUAACAUUUGCAUUCAUUUUAAAUUCACGUUGAAUUCCUGAUAAUUCCAACUUCAUUGAAUAACACUAUGUUUUUCCUCUGUGAUUCUAAUCUUUGCAUCCUUGCAUUGAUGUAGUGGUGGGGGUGAGAUGUGUUGAUACAUGAACUGUGUGAUUCAAUGUCAUUUUUAUGUGGGAAAAAUCAUACCUCAAGUUACACUUAACUGUCUUCUUACUACCUUUGGAUAAUUAGAUUGCAAGCUCUGUGGGUCGGUGAUCCACCAUGCAUCUGUCCUAGCAAUGUUCCCUGGAUAAAUCCCAGGCCAUUUAAUGAAAUAUCACAGACAAUCACUUUAUUUCCUUCAGACACAAUGAAUGAAGCCAAAUAGAAGCUGAAAUUGGAUUUUAGCAUUUCUGGGCUGAGCUGUCACUAUUGUUUUCCACAAGCCUCCGAGACUGCAUUGCUUCCCUAGGGCCAAUGAUUGUCAGAAAGAGGGACAAAAUGGAGGGGGGGGGGAUUGUCUGAGUUUUUUAUUUUUGCCUCUCUCCCCCUCACCCCCUCUCCCCCAGGUCUCUCUUGCAUUUGUGGAGAUCAGGCGGUUAGUAAGUUAGGAAGAGAUUUCUGUCAGUUUCAAUCAGGGAUGACGAAGCUGCGAUGAAGUCAGUCCGUCAGGAGAGAUUAUUACAGAGAGCUGGCGGCCGUCUACUAAGCAUGACUGGCUGUGCGUGUGUGUGUUACCAAGCGUGUAAAACCCUAUAGGUAACAUGUAAAAAGAACGACAAUAUGUCUGGCACUACACAUGAGACACUCUUUUUCUGCAGUUGAUGGUGCGAGUUGAUAAGUUUCAUAUAGGGCAGGAGGCGAAACAUUCCCACAAUUGGUUUACUCUGGAAGACAGGUCAGCCUGCGAGCUAGAUUUAAAUUAAUGAGAAUGUAAAUUCGCACCCAAGGAAGCCAGUUAGUGUGACAAAAGUUCUGGUUUUCAAUUGUCUAGUGAUGGCUCUUACAGACUCACUUGAUCCGUCCGAUAAACAGAUAACUCCCAUAGGAGUCAAACAGCAGCAAUUAAUAUGGCGUUUUGCAUUCUGUAUGUGGAAUAUUACUGCUAUUAUUUUUUUAAUGCAGAAUAGUGAGUGGAGGACCUGUAAGUCAAUGCUGUCUCAAAACUCUACCCUGCUUCCAGACUCCCCAAUAGUCCAGGAGAGGAAUUCCUGUAGGAUUUUCUCAGCGCCUACUUCCCCCUCUAACACUCCCAGCUAGCGUCAAUCAGGCCACGUAUCUGUACGCAAUUUCUGCCAGUGUUGCAGCUGAUUCUGGACACUUCUCGGUAUAACCGUAUCUCCACCACUCAGAUCUCCGUUCAUAGUUUUAACUAAUAGUGUUUUGCUUCGGCCUUUGCCUUGUUUUCAGAUUAUACAGAGUCUUGUUUAAGGCUGUGUCUAAUGUCACUUUGUCCCAUGGAAGAUGGUGGCCACUUCCAGGUGCUCUGUUUUGGCUUCCUUAGGGGUGUUUUGUUAACCUAUCUAUCCGAAGGACUGGUAAUAUGUCUUUAUUUCCAUGUUUCUCUGCUGUGUUUUUUAGUUUCUAACUUAUACUCUCAGAUGGGGUCAUUCAGUUGCCUCUUCCCAGACAGACUGUCCGUGCCAAGGUUUUUCACUAUGGUCUCCCCUCCAUGCCAUCCAACUUAAGUCAUAGGCAUGAUGGAUUGGUAUUCCUGUACAGAGUUCACUGCCUCUCUUCCUAUGGACCAUACUCAGCACAGCACAGACAGAGUUUCCCAACAUCAACAGAGCCCUCGAAUGCAAACACACAGAAACAUUGACAGAAACACCCACCAUGGACAUUGUGAAGAAACCCCCCUAUUCCUAUGUGAUUUACAGUGUGCAUUCCCUUUUUAUUCUCUAUGUACUGCCUAUUGCAUUCGGUAGAUGAAACUACCGAACCGGGACCACCCUCUGGCUCAUUAAACAUCAAAGAUUUGGGUGAAAUUUGCUACCUCUGUCUGUGCAGUCAGCGUUCGUUAGUCGAACGCCACGUGGCAGAGAAAACCGCGGCCAUCUUUGUUCAUGUGAACAAAGGCAGCGGGACCUGUUUUACGGACACACUCGACUUCCCGAACACCGGUCCCAAACAGACGAACGCUGGAACUCUAUUUACCGAAUAGCUAGAAGAGCGCUAUUCGGUACUUUGGUGCAUUCGACAGAGGGGCACGAACGCUGCUAGGAGCCAGAGGGAUCCAUUCAGUACUUUUCUUCGUUUUUAUGUUUUUCGAAAGUGACCGGCAAAACUCACCAAAUUCGUGUAACUGUUUUGGGCAUGCAGCCCAGGGUGAGCCGGUCACACAAGACUUCCAUAAAAUUUGCGAACCCCUGAACCGAGCUGGGUGAAAUUCGAAUAUGUUGGUCACCCAGAUCAGGGCUAUCAGGGGACACAUAAUUUAGGGAAUUGUAGGAGUGUGUUAACAUUUUACUGUUUAUGAUUGGCUAUUGUUUGUCCCUCCCAGAGGGCUGUCCCCUUGCAUGGGGACUUGCAUAAAAGCUGUGUGCACCCAUUAAAGGACAGUUCAUUUUGUACCCUUCUUCUUGACUUCGGCUGAUGUUUGGGGAUUCGUGUGUUUCACUAAGGGAAUUAUCUGGUGAAGCUAUUGGAAUUACUAUAGGAUUCGUCUACCUUAUCUACCGAAUGGAGGGCUAUAAUCACUAAGGCUCUGGCGGUUCGGGAGGAAACUACCGAAUAAGGUUUGAAUACACUUGGUUUCCUUACAGACAUUACUCAGUACAGCACAGACAGAAUCCACCAACACACACAGACACCCCCCACCAUGGACAUUACUCAGCACAGAAUCCACCAACACAGACACAACCUCCCCCACAAUGGACAAUACUCACCAGCACAGGCAGAACCUGCCCACAUGAACAGAACCCUCUAAUGCAAACAGACCCUCUCAGUGCAGACAGUUCUCCAACACAGACACAACCUACCAGCCCAGGCAGGACCUGCCAUCCAACUUAACUCAUAGGCAUGAUGGACUGGCAUUCCUGUGCAUUGUUCCAUGCCUCUCUCCCCAUGGACAAUACUCAGCACAGCACAGACAAAGCUUCCCAACAUCAACAGAACCCUCCAAUGCAAACCGAACCCAUCAACACAGACGAAAAACCCCACCUGUCACGGUCUUACCUUGGUUGGAGUCCAAAGUGCAGAGAUGUAUGCUCACCCUUGCAGAUAUAAAUACAGCCCACGGUAACCAGGUAAGAAGUUACCUGGGCUGUGAAUCUGUGCCUGGGGGCUUAGGCAGGACAGUAACCAGGCACAAGGAAACAGACAAGGGCAAAUCCAGAAGAGUAGUCAGGCACGGUAUCAAAAAGGUCAGGGCAGGCGGCAAACAGGCAAUAACGUAGAUUCCACAAGCUGGGGUCACAAGCCAAAUCAUUCUUAGGCAACAGGAAACAUGAAACAACAAACUGACACUGCCCUCGGGGAGUGGCAGUGUAUAUAUCUUGGAGAAUGAUCCAUCUGCCUCAGAUUGACAGGUAGGAGCCAUUGGCGAAGUUCAGCCCCCUAGUGCUGCAGGCAAUGCCGGAUAAACAAGGCUAGAUCCACAAGUACUGAAGAGGCUCAGAGGCAGGAACGCAGGCUUAGGAUGCAGAAGGACCCAGGUUAGAAUCCCCACUUGUGGGGCGACCACGCCUGGCCCUCCGGACGUGAACAGGUUCUUCGUAGAGGUAGCAUUCCUCACUGUGCCAUCUGUAGAAUAACGUCCCCAUAGAAGAGUUCCUUCACAGUAAGGAGCCCCAUAGAACCAGCUUCUGGUACCACUGGAGAGUCAUCAAGGUCUUUGAGGAUCCGGGUGCAGGUGGUUAGUACUUUGAUUCCAGAAGGCACAUCCUCAGAACAUCAACAGGAGUGAAGAUCGUGGCUUGCAAUGCCUUUUCCAAAUCCUUUAUGCGGACUUUAGUACCAUUUGAGGCAUAGGUACAAUCCGAAGGUAGAUCUUUGAGCAGACAGGAAGUGGUGAUGGUACCGGCUUUAACAGGAGUGUCUUCAGGGGGAAGUGCAGACGUCUCUGGAGCAGGAGAUGGAGAUUUUCUCAGGGAGGCCAAGCAUGUCUGCUUCUUUGAAGUUUUACAGGCUGGCAUGCAGAGCUCAUAGGACGAAGAAAGGUGGUAGCCAGUCGGUGAGCUGGAGGCCUAGGUGGGUGAACAGGGCAAUGAGAGCUGAAGUGUCCCCUUUCUCCACAGUAAAAACAGAGACCAUGGUUUCUCCUCCGGUCUCUUUCUUUAUGAGUCACUUUGAUCUGGACGAGUCCUAUUUUCAUAGGUUCCUCGAAGUCAAGAGGAACAUUGGAUACCUCUGGAGUCUUCCUAGGAACCGGAUCAUAAGGAGGUGUGGUGUUGGUACUGGGUCUUCCUGUUUCUGGGAAUCUGGGAUCUCUGGAAUAUGGAACAGUGGUUUUACUAGAGGUCUUGCACUGCAAGUCCUUUGCAGUCAUGAAGGAUCCCCAAUUGUCAAGGACAGGACUCUUAGCCUGCAACAUCUGGUGUGCCCAUGUUUUGAUCCGUCCAGAAAGCAGGUUGAUAGCCGCUCGGACCAUAAUGAAGUCGGUGGCAUAUGUCCGAGGCUUUAAGGCAAACAACAACUCACAAUCCACCUUAAAGUACCGGAAGGAUGUGCGGCUACCGUCAAAUCUCUCAGGCAUAACAACAAAUGGUUCAGAAUAAGCAGGUUCCGGGGCUGGGCAUAAUGUUCCUUUAAGAAAUUGAACUUCUUGCUGCAGCUCCAAAACAGUCUGGAUCAGGCUGGACACUUGCUGGAUAAGCAGCUUGCACAUCUCUGCGGACUCCAUGAUGGUCAGUUUGAAGCCACCAACACAGACAGAGACAAUACUCAGCACAGACAGAAUCCACCAACACAGACAGAAACCCCUACCAUGGACAGAAACCCCCACCAUGGACAUUACUCAGCACAGCACAGACAGAGCUUUCCAACAUGAACAGAACCCUACAAUGCAAACAGUACCUCUCAACAAAGACAGAAACUCGGACACAACCACCCACAAUGGACAAUACUCUCCAGCACAGACAGAACCUGCCAACAUGACCAUAACUUCUCCAACACAGACACAACCCACCAGCACAGGCAGGACCUGCCAAACAGAGGACCUGGCAGCACAGACAGACCUGCACAGUACAUUCUUACAAGUGGCACACAAUAUAUUAUCUAAAAUUACAGUCAUCAUUUACUGAACAAUGAAGUUGAUUUGGAAAAAUUCCCCAAAUCUGCUCUAGUCACAGAUGUAAAUAAUUUUUUCCAAUUCCCUAUUUAAUUCUAAAUUGUGUGUUUUGGUGACACUUGGAAUGUAAAAUACAGAGUGGUGGAUGCAAGGGUUAAAUUGCCGCAGUGUGUGGCUCAUCCGCCAGUUAAAUAAAAAUAAACGCUUUCUUAUGGUGGUAGUCAUGCCGGCUUGUGAAUAGUGAAUGACGAAUCAAGUGUUUGUCUGCAGAAUAAAUCCCCUAUUAACGAGCCGCAGCCUCCAGCGGUUAAUAUUUUUCCUUGCAGCCUUUAUGAUUUAGCAGUACGAGGCCGGCCUGAUCACAAUGCAUUCUGAUGAGUCCUCUGUGACUCAUGCUCACCCUGGUGGGUUACGGGUGCGUGGGAGAGGCUGAAUGGGCCUUUGCUAGAUUUAGUGCCACUCACUGGCUCCCUAUUCUCAUCCAUUGUGCUCCUGAUGCUGGCUAAUAACCCACUUUACAGCUAUCCCUGGGGCCAAUAAAAAUACAUUCCUUAUAAUUGGUGUAACGUACUCACAGAGGAAGCACUGUUUAAUUCAUUUUCAUUAAAGUUUCAGGGGGAAUUGCAUUUUAUCUAUAGAUAUUCAUGAUCAAGAGUUCAAUGGUCGUUUUAGUAGUGCAUACGUUGGCAUGGUGUACGGGAGAGAAAAGGAAGAGGUGAGAAUUGGGUAGUAAGAAUACAGGAUAGAGAGAUGGUAAAGGAGGGGGUAGGAAAGGGAGAUGGUAAAGGAUGGGGUAGGAUAGGGAUACGAUAAAGGAUGGAGUAGGAUAGGGAGAUGGUAAAGGAUGUGGUAGGAUAGGGAGAUGGUAAAGGAUGAGGUAGGAUAGGGAGAUGGUAAAGGAUGAGGUAGGAUACAGAGAUGGUAACAGAUGGAGUAGGAUACAGAGAUGGUAACAGAUGGAGUAGGAUACAGAGAUGGUAACAGAUGGAGUAGGAUACAGAGAUGGUAACAGAUGGAGUAGGAUACAGAGAUGGUAACAGAUGGAGUAGGAUACAGAGAUGGUAAAGGAUGUGGCAGAAUAGAGCUGAGAGAUGGUAACGGAUUGGGCUGUAUGUAGAUGAGAGACGAUCCAUUUUGUAAUAUAAUUAUAUUUACUGAUAACAGUCAUUGAAGGUCAUAUUCCUAGAAUGGGCAUACUUGAACGCUUUAUGCUAAAACAUUAAUGGGUGACAUUUUGUGUUUUGCCAGACCUGCUUCUCUAGAGAAUAUUUUGCGAUUUACACUGAAAUGACAUUUAAAGGAAAUAAGCGAUCCAGCAAAAUGUGUCAAUAUUGUAUCGAUAUUAUUGUGUAUUCCUUUUGCAUGAUCCUGGGUUUGCGGAGCUAAAUAUGAAUAAUUUUCUAUUUCUGUACACAGGUCUGGCGUGGCACGCUGGCACGGAAACGGUACAAACAACUCCGGGCUAUCUACACUAUAAUGCGUGUUUAUAAAUGCUACAGAGUCAGGUCUCACCUGCUGGAAGUUGUGAGACGUUUCCAGAAUGUGCGCAAUAUGCCGGACUAUGGAAAGAGCGUGGAGUGGCCCGAACCGCCAGCUGUCCUUGCAACAUUUCAGGAUCUCAGCCGAAAUCUAUUUAGGAGGUACCAAUGGACACUGAUUCUCCAUCCACAAUUUAGCGGCCAAGUAUAGUUACAAAGACUAGCAGUGAGCAGUGAAAUGAAUUUUAGAAUAAUAUUUGUUGGGUACAAUGCACGCAUUCAUCAACAUGUAGUGGUUAUGGUGCCUAGACUGCCCCUUUAAGCUCAAAUAGUUUCCAUUUAGAAGGUUCCUAAAUUUCUGUAUCUUCUGCUUCCCAUUCCAGUAAUAAACAUGUUUAAAUAUUGGUGGUGAGACGGGCUGCCAUUAAAUGUUUUUUUUGUUCUCUUUUCAUAUUGAAAGAAGGAGAUUCCAAACGGUGCUAGAAUGUAUCCCAUGAAAUACCCGUCCUGUAACAAGGCUUUAAGAUAGCCGGCCCAUAGACAUGGUUUGUUGAGUUAUUCUGGAGGACAGUAGGUAAUUGCUGUUAUUACAUGCUACAUGCUAAUAUCAUUGUUUUAUUCUCUGUGCCCAGAUGGAGAGCGAGAAAAAUUGUAAAAAACAUCCCCCCAUCGGACAUGUUUCAGAUUAAAGCCAAAGUGUGCGCAAUGGAUGCGUUGCAGGGUUUGCGCCGGGACGUUGGGUACGAGCGCGCCUGGAGGCAGGACUACCUGUCCUGUGUGAGUGUUACCCACAUUUAGUCACAAAUUGGGCAGAGUAAGAGCUCCACUCAAUGUAACUCUAUCUGGACAGACAGUCAGUGGGACAGAGGGCAGUUCUGAGACCCUGAUGGUGAUGAUCUGUUUAUCUUACCCUUCAAAGCAAUGGAAAGACUAGACCACACACUGCCCUGACUGUACUCGCUGCUAGUACUGAGAGUGUGCUCUGUGUUGAGUGCCGAUUAUCACCGUGUACCCACUGCUAGUACUAAGAGUGUGCUCUGUGCUGAUUAUCACUGUGUACCCACUGCUAGUACUGAGUGUGCUCUGUGCUGAUUAUCACCGUGUACCCACUGCUAGUACUGAGAGUGUGCUCUGUGCUGAUUAUCACCGUGUACCCACUGCUAGUACUGAGUGUGCUCUGUGCUGAUUAUCACUGUGUACCCACUUCGAUUACUGAGAGUGUGCUCUGUGCUGAUUAUCACCGUGUACCCACUGCUAGUACUGAGUGUGCUCUGUGCUGAUUAUCACUGUGUACCCACUUCGAUUACUGAGAGUGUGCUCUGUGCUGAUUAUCAUCGUGUACCCACUGCUAGUACUGUGUGUGCUCUGUGCUGAUUAUCACCGUGUACCCACUUCGAUUACUGAGAGUGUGCUCUGUGCUGAUUAUCACCGUGUACCCACUGCUAGUACUGAGAGUGUGCUCUGUGCUGAUUAUCACCGUGUACCCACUGCUAGUACUGAGAGUGUGCUCUGUGCUGAUUAUCACUGUGUACCCACUGCUAGUACUGAGAGUGUGCUCUGUGCUGAUUAUCACUGUGUACCCACUGCUAGUACUGAGAGUGUGCUCUGUGCUGAUUAUCACCGUGUACCCACUGCUAGUACUGAGUGUGCUCUGUGCUGAUUAUCACCGUGUACCCACUGCUAGUACUGAGAGUGUGCUCUGUGCUGAUUAUCACCAUGUACCCACUGCUAGUACUGAGAGUGUGCUCUGUGCUGAUUGUCACAAUGUACCCACUGCUAGUACUGAGAGUGUGCUCUGUGCUGAUUAUCACCGUGUACCCACUGCUAGUACUGAGAGUGUGCUCUGUGCUGAUUAUCACCGUGUACCCACUUCGAUUACUGAGAGUGUGCUCUGUGCUGAUUAUCACCGUGUACCCACUGCUAGUUCUGAGAGUGUGCUCUGUGCUGAUUAUCACCAUGUACCCACUGCUAGUACUGAGUGUGCUCUGUGCUGA